AUGCAAAGUAUUCAAGAUGCAUUCAAUCAAAAGGAGAAUUAUCCUGAAUUAUUGCUUAUUGUUGCAGUAGAGGAUGCAACAACUGAUGCAGACACGUUUUGGAAUUCAGUUCCAGUAAAAUCAACCUUACCAACAAAUUCUAUCGUACACAGAAUCAAAAUUCCCGAAGAUUUCAACGAUUUUCAGUAUUUUGCACAAAAAUUCCAGAUAAUGAGCACUCCUGCAAUCUAUGUUUUCGGAUCUCAUUCUUCGAUCAUCUCAUAUCAAUGGGUCGGUCACUAUCCUAAGCCAGAAGAGUUUGCCUCGUAUAUUGGAAGCUUAAAUUACGGUGCAUUUGAGAAAGAAGACGAAAAUAUUACAGAAGUUACAGAUACACCAGCUAAACCAAUUAAAAUAUCAUUAAGAACAGAUAAUGGACUCAUAACUCAGCAAUUUGAUCAGCCUGAUACACUUAAAACCCUAUUUGCAUGGCUCGAUGAAACAUUCGGACCAAAUCACACAUAUACAGUCAUUCUUUCACAGAAAUUAAUACCACGUGACUAUAAUAUGCUUAUUACAGACGUUGUUGGCAAGGCAACAGCAGUUUUACUUAAGAUUAAUGAACCAACUCAAUUAACACAAGGAAUGACACAACCAACAGUUCAUCAUCAUGAAGGAGGAUGUUGCCAUAGUAUCUCAUCCAAAAUUUUCAUGGUUUUAUCAUUUAUUAAUCCGUUUGCAAGCGAAGGCGAACAAGAAUCAUUUUGGGAAUACCAGCCAUCUAAUAAUCCCGAUAUCGCACAAGUUCUUGUACAAAACAUUAUGGGAUAA